CUUUAUAGACCUAUAAACUGCCACCACCCCAACAACAUAGAAUCCCUUGUCUCUCCUUCAACCUCUCUCUACUAAGGACUAUCUUUUCUUCUUUGUUCACACAACCAAAGCCAUGGGAGUUCUUGACUAUAUCUCAGAACUUUUCUCAGUAGCACCUUCCACCGGAAAGAAACGCAAGCCAAUGCAGACUGUAGAAAUCAAAGUGAAAAUGGACUGUGAUGGCUGUGAAAGAAGAGUUAGAAAUUCUGUCGUCCACAUGAAAGGUGUGAAACAAGUGGAGGUGAACAGAAAGCAAAGCAAGGUAACAGUAACAGGUUAUGUGGACAGAAACAGGGUGUUAAAGAAGGUUCAGAGCACAGGAAAAAGAGCAGAUUUUUGGCCCUACAUUCCUUACAACUUGGUGGCUUACCCUUAUGUGGCACAGGCUUAUGACAAGAAGGCUCCAUCAGGUUAUGUCAAAAACUCUGCACAGGCACUACCUGCUCCAAAUUCACUUGAUGACAAACUCACCUCUCUCUUCAGUGAUGAAAAUCCCAAUGCAUGCUCAAUCAUGUAAACCAUUUUCUGUGCUUAAACAUCGCUAGGCACCAAGUUUUGUUAUGGAGACACAAGAAUGUGAGACGACUGUUUCUGUUAAUCACCACUAUUCUACUAUUUCAUGGUUCCUUGUACAAACAAAUUUGUCUUCUUUUGAAGCUUAUAACUUGUUUGUUUAGCAUUAU